CGGUGACAAGGGGAAAGGUGAUCAUGGGCGCAGAUGGCGACAUUAAUGGGCCCAGAAAACGUCGGCGGCUGAGUCCGCCUGAGACUGGCCCCUAUGUUCUCAGACAGCUUGUCGAUAACGUCCCGGUAUCGACAGAGCAAGGCGAUGAGGGCGCUCACAUCACAUGUGUAGAGUACUGGAAUGGUAAUCUUUACGUUGGCACCUCUCUGGGAGAAGUUCUACACUUCGUUUCCCUUCCGGCCGACGCCGCAGACAGUGGGACGGCUGAGCCAACGUUCAUACUAGCAUCCAGAUUACCAAUUGCUGCAACUACAACCAGUUCAAAUUCGCAUACGCCUACGGACGUUCAGCAGAUUAUAGUCGUCCCGCGCGCAAAUAAAGUGUGCAUUUUGUGCAAUGGAGUCGUCACAUUCUACUCUCUUCCUGAGCUCAGUCCGGCUUACGGAACUGCGAGGGUGGGGAAUUGCACAUGGAUCGGAGCACUCGACCUUAAUGAAUCAGCCAACGAGGAAGAAGCGGGAGAUCCUGUCAUUAUGAUAGCGAGGCAGAAUAACCUAAUGCUGGUCAGGAUGGGAGAUGAGCCGCGACGAGUGAGGAGCAUAGAGUUUCCCGGUUGUCUUGCUGGUGCCCGUCGAGAUAAUAUUGCAUGUGUCGCAGACGGCCAUUCUUAUUCCCUCCUUGACGUGGAGAGGCGCCAAAAGAUACCUCUUUCCACGAUAUGUUCCUCGGAGGAACCGGCUGACUAUCGGGUGGAGGAUAUCCCCCAUAGGGACGGAACGCCGACGCCCGUUUCUUUGGCACCCUCUAAUGGAUAUAUGUUACCAAAUGAGAGCCGAAUACAUGCCAGGAGCUCAAGUCUCAACACUCUUAUUGGUGGUACAGACGAUCGUGUCCGCCGUGCCCAAGCCGCGAUCCUGGAGCGUUCUCUGUCGAGGACUCCCGAACCAAGCAAUGGAGUUUCAAGGAUAUAUUCUCCAGAAAGUUCGCAUUCUAACCAUACACGUCAGCCUUCUGAGUCUUCCCGCAAUGGCUCCGGAGUACAACCUGCGACCCAAAAGCCACUACCACUACCACCACCGUCACCAUCAACCUCGGAAAGUUCCAUGUUCAAACCUCAUGUUUUAUCUCCAACCCCUACGGAGUUCUUGUUUAUUACUGGCACCGAAGCGUCCGGUGUCGGGGUGGGUAUGUUUGUGAACCUUGAUGGUGAAGGAACAAGGGGCACAAUAGAAUUCCAAAGGUACCCGGAGUGUAUUGUGCUUGAUAAUCAUAAUGAAAAUACCGAGUCUAUUGCCAACAACGAUACCGAAGAGGGAUACGUCCUUGCUGUGGUUAGCGUUGAAAAUGAUGGAGAGGUCUCAAAACAUAUCGAGGCGCAGAGGUGGGAUGUUGAUCCAGGGGGGGAUGACAGACAUAAGUCGUCGUUAUCGAUCCCGUUGGACAGCUUCCUGUCUCUCCGUGUUGGAAUCCGCAAAACAGUCAGCUCAAACCAAUUGAGUUUUUGCGAAGUCGGAGAAAUAAUGCAGAUGGUGCGAUUAAAAUCGUCAUUUUUGCGCUCGCCUCCUCGCACUCCACUCGAGAGUGCUGACCCGAGGACUGAAGCGUCCAUCCAACAAUUACAAAAAGAAAAGGAGUUGUUUGAAUCACAGGAAAUAGAGCAAUCAUCCGGUCUUGAUUUUCGGCAAGGAUGGGAGGCGCAAAGAAAUCAAGAAGAGGCCAAAAUUGCCGUCAAUCUCGGCUAUGUCCACAGCGAUAUCCUCCUCUGGGGUGGCAGCUGCAUAUGGCGUGUAGUUCGAAACCCCUUAGCGCUUCAACUAGAAAAUUCUCUGCGACUUGCCCAGCCAGAGACAAGCAGUGAUCAUCAGAAAGGAGACUUGAAAGCGAUAAUAAAACUGCUGGAUGAAAUUGAUACUCUUGUGCCGAAGACGGAAAAUGAAUUCCUUGGUUUAAACUAUGUCAAGCAGAAGGCGAGCCUGGUUCUUUUUGCAAAACUCAUUUCUGCUGACAAAGAUGCGCAAAUGGGGGAUAUGAUAAAGUUAACGGAGACUGCACUUGUCCAUGGCGGUUUAGAUCCUCGAAUCGUCUUACUCGUGAUCCCGUUGCUGAGAGAGGAAGUACUUCAGGGUCCUCAGGGAAUCUGGAUUAAUCGUGGCCUCGCGAUGGUCGUCGAACCGUUGGUCAAUCCUUCGGGUGACGACUUGACAAAUCACGUCUCUUCUAGCAUGAAUGUACAUCUAUUCGAAAUGCUAGUACGAUAUUUGCUCUCAUGGCAGAAGAAACGAGGCUAUGGAAGUGUCACCGAUGAAAGUUAUGUCUUCGACAGCGUGGAUGCGGCAUUAUUACACCUAUUGCUAGAGAUCGAUGGUGGCGAGUUUCUUUCAACUGACAUCCCCACUUCCUCUUUCGUGCGCACAGAACUAAACAAAUUGGUCGAUAACUGGAAAGGAGACUUUAAUCGCGCGAUUGAACUCCUAGAGAGAUACCGAAGACUAUUCGUGCUUAGCCGAUUAUAUCAGAGCCGGAAAAUGUCCAAACAUGUGCUUAUGACGUGGAAGAGGAUAAUUGAGGGCGAAAUGGAUGUCGGAGGGGAGUUAACUGUCCCAGCAGCGGAAAUGCAGGUGCGAAAGUACCUUGUGAAAAUUAGAGACAAUCAAGUCGUCGAGGAAUACGGCUGCUGGCUUGCUGCCCGGAACCCUUCUUUGGGAAUAAAAGUCUUUGCGGACGAUACCAGCAGGGUCAAACUUGACCCAGGGCAAGUGGUAUUCAUGUUGAAAGCAAAAGCGCCAGGUGCUGUGCAAGUAUAUUUGGAGCACCUGGUAUUUGUGAAGAAUUAUUCUCAAUAUGUCGAUGAUCUCAUCGGAUACUAUCUCGACACGGUCCUGACAGUCCUUGAAACGUCUGUACAAGCACGGGCAUCCCUGGCCGAGUCAUACUCUACAUACAGGGCCCUUCGGCCCCCCAAACCAUCAUAUCUAGGAUUCAUAUCAGAAAACGCGCCACCCGAGCAUUGGUGGCAGUCACGCCUUCGACUCCUCCAGCUUCUUGGCGGCGAGUCCAGAAGCCAGUUUACAUCAACUCCCCGUCCCCACGACCUUGCAUACUCAAUCCCCACUGUCCUAGCCCGCAUCGAACCAUUUCAGAACGAACUCGUCUCCGAAAGCAUCAUCCUAGGGAGUCGCCAAGGCCGCCACCACGAAGCUCUUCAUUUACUCACCCAUGGACUUGGAGACUACGACACUGCUAUCCGAUAUUGCCUCUUUGGAGGAUUUGCAUCGUCCUACCCAACAUCUUCCACCAUGUCUGGUACCACGGUCCCACCACACCGAAAAGACCUUUUCUACCAUCUCCUGAAGGAAUUCCUUCAGAUCACAGACCCAUCAGAUCGCAUUGAACGUACCUCCGAUCUGCUCACCCGCUUUGCACCUCUGUACGACGUUGGAGAGGUUCUCUCCCUUGUCCCUGAUAGCUGGAGCGUGGAUAUCCUUUCCGGGUUCCUAGUCAGGGUGUUGAGAGGGCUUGUGGCUGAAAAGAGAGAGGUCAAGGUUCAGAGAGCGUUGAGUGCGGGAUUGAACUUGAGGGUUGGUGUGGAGGUGUUGGAGACAAGUGAGGAUGUUGGUGGCGGCUGGGUUGAGGACGAGGACAGUGUGAGGGCCUUGAGAGAGGAAAAGAAGAAAGUUGAUACCGGAAAGGGGAAAAGUAAGGUAAUUGUGGAUGAGAGUGAGGAGUUGAUCGGGAGAUAAUGAUGCAUAUAUGUUGUGUUACCACUUUUCUUUUGUCCAUAUUAUGAUUAAUGAUGGGUGAAUUUUUAUUUCUCUGGUCUGACGUGUAUUUGCGUAUGUGAUGGAUAUCCCCUCAGGUGGUUCCAAUAUUAUUACCUUUUUGUUUGUAUG